CGCUGCGCCCUCCUCCCCGCGCCGUCCGAGACUCCGAGUCCUCCGGGCGCGGUUCGCCGACGCCGAGGACUAGGCCGCCGUUCUCCGGGCAUGCGCAGGCCGGCUCGAGCGCGCGCCGCCGAACGCAACCAGCUGCUCAACACGCUCCUCGCCGCUGCGGGAAACGGCCGGGAGGAGGAGGAUGCGCGGGAGGCGGGGCAGCGUCAGAAUCAACGUGCUUCGGAUCCGGCCGAGGCUUACGGCGACACGGACGCGGAGGGUCUGGCCGCGGCCGCCGCGCUCCCUCCGGUUUUGUUUGGUGAGAUUCUCUUCAGAAAACAAGAUUUGUAUUGGUGGUAGAUCGACAGCAACUGACAAGGACUACCACGAUUAGAGCUACUCUUUUGGCACCCAUGUUUCAGUAUGCAGUCAAGCAGGCAACAAGGGAUCUGUGGGACGAGGCCAAGGUGUACGUGCGCAACCUUCCCUACGACGUUAGCAGCGAGCGCCUCGUGCAGCUCUUCGAGCAGGACGGCGUCAUCGAGGUCACCGUGUCGAUAUGUGGUAUCGGUGACAGAAGGUGCAUCACACGCUUGGGUAUUUUCUUCCGCACGAGUUUUGAGAAUGCCAAAGUGGUCACUGCGGUGGAUUGUAUUAUGUCACUGGUAUGUGAUAAGAAUUGGGAACAUUAUUCUUUUGCCACCCAGGAUUCGGAGCUCCGUGAAAAGCUAUGGGAGGUUCCUGGUGUUCCUGUGAUAUAUGGUCUGAAGAACUCCUUGUUCAUUGAGCAACCAUUCGUUCAGCAAAGUCAGUUUGCUCAGUUGGAUGAGAAGUGCAACUUAUUGAAAAAUCCGAAUUUAAGAAGCUACCCAUGACUCAGGACGUCACCCGAAGGAAAGACAUCUGUUGAUGGAAACAGACAUGAUGUGGCAUAGAAAAACAAGUUUAGAAGGAACAGAGCAAAGACUUUGUUCCGUAGCAACGCACGAGUAAUUUACUAGAGCGAGCGGUGUCGUGGUGAUCUCGCUGGCGAGUGACAGGAGGAGGACGACGGGCUGAGCCGAAGGAGGGCGAGGCGUCCACAUGCAGGAGGCUCCCCGGCAGAUCGGGGAGACAGUGCCAAGGCAUCACACCUCCAUUUUCUCGAAGCAGGGCAUGUGUGCUAUUUCUAAAAAAAGAAGCUUCCCUGUUGGCUGGCAUCCCUGAUGCUACACAGGAAUUAUGUAGAAAAAGAAAUGGCAUGUCAUAAUUCUUUGGAUGUAGACCAGUAGGGUCAAUUACAAAUUGUUGGCUGUAAAUGACUUUCAGUUUCUAGCUUUCAUAAAAUUUAGAUUUAACAGUAUGAUGUGGUUGAUGGUGGUCCUAUCUGCUGGUUCAAAUUAUCAUGUUGGAUAAUAUUGCUUUUACUAGCAA